AUGUCAGACGUAGAAAUGGGCGAAGCUGGAAAAGCUAAAAUCAUCGAUGGCACCGCCAUUGCCAAAGAGAUACGACAAUCCAUCUCUCAAUCCAUCUCAUCCCUCCAAUCGACCAACCCCACCUUCCAUGCUCCUCACCUCGUCAUCUUCCAACUCGGUUCGAGCCCCGCUUCAUCCACUUAUAUCCGAAUGAAACUCAAGGCAGCCGAAGAAAGUGGUAUGACUGUUGAACACAUCCAAAUUCAAUCCGAUUCAGAAUCAGGUGCUACCGCCGGUACCGGUACCAAGAAAUUGUUAGAAGCUGUUGAAAAAGCCAAUCAAGAUGAGAAAGUCUCUGGUAUUCUCGUACAGCUCCCCCUCGAAGGUGCUGGUAAGACCGAGGAGAAGGCAGUUGUCGACUCGGUCAGUGUAAAGAAAGAUGUUGAUGGAUUUCACCCUGAAAACAUCGGUCUUCUCUCAUCAAGAAUCGGAGAACCUUACUUCACACCCUGUACCCCUGCUGGAGCGAUCAAACUCAUUGAAUCAACCGGUUUCGAUUUGAAAGGAUCAAACGUCGUCGUUCUUGGAAGAUCAGAUAUCGUCGGUACUCCAGUCUGUGCUUUACUUAGAAAGAAGGAUGCUACAGUCACUCAAUGUCAUUCUCGAACUAAAAACCUCGAACAAAUCGUUUCUACCGCAGAUGUAGUCGUAGCUGCCAUCGGUCAAGCUGAAUUCGUCAAAGGUGAUUGGCUCAAACCUGGUGCUAUCGUCAUUGACGUUGGUACAAACUACAUUCCCGAUUCUACCAAGAAAUCAGGUCAACGAUUGGUCGGUGAUGUUCACUUUGAAUCCGCCUCCAAAGUCGCUUCUUACAUCACCCCUGUUCCCGGAGGUGUUGGUCCAAUGACCGUCGCUAUGCUCAUGAACAAUACUUUCCAAGCUGCCAAACGAGCUUUCGAAUCUCAACGAGCAAAGAAACUCACUCCUCUCCCCCUUGAACUCAAAGAGAAAGUCCCUUCAGAUAUCGAAAUUGCCGUCGCUCAAACUCCCAAACCCGUCGCUCUUAUCGCUGAAGAGAUCGGUGUCCACGCCGAUGAAGUCGAAUCUUACGGUCGAUACAAAGCCAAGAUCGAGCUUAGUGUACUUAACAGACUCAAGGAUCGACUUGAUGGUAAAUACAUUGUCGUUGCUGGUAUUACCCCUACACCCCUCGGUGAAGGUAAAUCAACCACCACUAUCGGUCUCGCUCAAGCUCUCGGUGCCCAUCUUCAAAAGACCGCCAUUGCUUGUGUCCGACAACCUUCUCAAGGUCCUACCUUCGGUGUCAAAGGUGGUGCUGCCGGUGGUGGUUAUUCCCAAGUUAUCCCUAUGACAGAGUUCAAUCUUCAUUUAACCGGUGACAUCCACGCCGUCACAGCUGCCAACAACUUGCUCGCCGCUGCUAUCGACGCUAGAAUGUUCCACGAAGCUACACAAACUGACAAGGGUCUCUUCAACCGACUUUGUCCCCCCAAGAAAGGUGUUAGAACAUUCUCAAAACCUAUGAUUGCUCGUCUCCACAAACUCGGUAUCAACAAGACCGACCCCAGCGAACUGACCGAAGAAGAAGCUGCUAAAUUUGCUCGUCUCGAUAUUGACGUUGCUACACUCACCUGGAACCGUGUUCUCGACACCAACGAUCGAUACCUUCGACAGAUCACUGUCGGUCAAGCUCCAACUGAAAAAGGUCUCGAGCGAAAGACCGCUUUCGACAUUGCAGUCGCUUCUGAAUGUAUGGCCGUCCUCGCUUUAUCCAAAGAUUUAGCCGAUAUGCGUGCAAGGCUCGGUCGAAUGGUAGUGGCAUCCAGCAAAGCUGGUGAACCCAUUACCGCUGAAGAUAUCGGGUGUGCAGGUGCCAUGGCUGUUCUCAUGAAAGAUGCUAUCAAACCCACCAUCAUGCAAACAUUAGAAGGUACACCAGUCUUCGUUCAUGCUGGUCCCUUCGCCAACAUCGCUCAUGGUAACUCCUCUAUCAUCGCCGAUAGAAUCGCACUCAAACUCGCCGGUAUCGAAAAGGGAGAUGAUGAAUCAAGAAAUGGUUACGUUAUUACUGAAGCCGGUUUCGGUGCUGAUAUCGGUAUGGAGAAAUUCUGUAACAUCAAAACUAGAGUUUCAGGUCUUUCACCCAACGCAGUCGUUCUUGUAGCGACUAUUCGAGCUCUUAAGAUGCACGGUGGUGGUCCAGCUGUUACACCUGGUAAACCCCUUGAUGCCGUCUAUACUCAAGAGAACUUGGAGUUAUUGGAGAAAGGUUGUGCAAACUUGGGCAAACAUAUUGAGAAUGCCAAGAAAUUCGGUUUGAAAGUGGUUGUUGCCAUCAAUCAAUUCACCAACGACACCGAAGCUGAGAUGGCUUUAGUACAAAAAUUCGCUCUUGGUGCAGGAGCAGAUUACGCUGUACCUGCUAACCAUUGGGCAAAGGGUGGUGAAGGAGCCGUGGAACUCGCUAAAGCAGUUAUUGAUGCUUGCUCUGAACCAUCAACGUUUAAAUUCCUCUAUGACCUUAACCAACCCCUCAAAGAUAAAAUUGAAAUUAUCGCUAAAGAAAUGUAUGGUGCAGACGGUAUUCAACUUUCCCCAGAAGCUGAAGAAGAGAUCCAACGAUACGAAAGACAAGGUUAUGGUGGAUUACCUAUCUGUAUGGCUAAGACCGCCCUCUCGUUAUCUGAUGAUCCAAGCAAAAAAGGUGUACCAACAGGUUUCACCUUGCCAAUUAGAAAUGUCAAAUUAAGUGCAGGUGCUUCAUUCGUGUAUCCGUUAGUCGGUGAUAUGUCAACCAUGCCAGGAUUGACCACGAGACCCGGUUUCUACGACAUCGACCUCAAUCCCGAUACUGGUGAUAUCGAAGGUUUAUUCUAG